AUGAUUACUGAUGAUCAAAUCAUUCUAUGCAAUGUAGCGAUUUCUGCUUCUGGGGUGGUGUUCCUAGCACUCCUGGCAACAUUGGUGACUCUCUUCAUCCACCGUAAUUAUAGGAAGGUAGAUCAAAAGAAGAAAGAAGCAAUCUCCAAUAUAUCCCCAACGAGGUAUUCCUACUCUCAAUUGAAGAAGUUCACUAACAAAUUUUCAUCAAAACUUGGGGAAGGAGGAUAUGGAACUGUUUAUAAAGGGAUCAUUCAUCGAAAUGGGGUCAAAAUACCAGUAGCUGUAAAGCUUCUAAAAUCAAAACAAAGCCAGAAACAAUUCAUGAAUGAAGUAGCAACGGUCGGAAAUGUCCACCACAAUCACUUAAUUAGUUUAUUGGGAUAUUGUGCUCAAGGGGAUAAACGUGCUCUUGUUUAUGAGUUCAUGGAGAAUGGAUCCUUGGAUAAGUAUAUCUACACCAGCAGAAAAGAAGAAGGGGAGACUGGUCAUACAAGUACUUUUCAACCAUUAAGCCAUAAACAAAUGCAUGCUAUAGCCUUAGAGACAGGUAGAGGGAUUUUGUACUUGCACCAAGGCUGUAGGAAUAGGAUCCUGCAUUGUGACAUUAAACCUCACAAUGUGUUAUUGGAUUCCAACUUCACGGCGAAAGUCUCCGAUUUCGGGCUUGCUAGGAUGAUUGAUAAGUAUCAUAACCAUGUUUCAUUGACGAGGGCUCAAGGUACUCCAGGGUUUGUGGCCCCAGAGAUCUGGUUGAAGAAUUAUGGUCCGGUGACUGAGAAAUCAGAUGUGUAUAGUUAUGGGAUGCUGCUUCUUGAGAUGGUCGGUGGGAGAAAGAAUUAUGAUUUGGAAGUAAAUGAUGAAUCAAUAAGUCAAGUUUAUUUUCCUAUAUGGGCAUUUAACAAGGUCAAGAAUGUGUUGAAGAUCAUAGCCCUUCUGUUUAUUUCAGUGUUGAUAGUGGAAGCGAGUCCAUUGAACAUCACAAAUGAGUGGUGCUCCUUCAAUCUUUAA